ACCAUAGGCUGUACACGGCCUACUAGCUUGGCGGUGCAAAAAAUUGCCUCGAACUACCCUUGCAAGUAAGUAGCUUACUAUGGCUCUAUAUCACUCGAUGCCGAAAGAAGGAGCCUAUCUUCAUCAGUGACAGAUGAGUCUGCAUCAAUUGAUCUAUUUAGUCAUCGAUCGUUGUUCUAGUAGACGUAUAAGGCUCAUCCUUGGCCCAUUAUCCAGACUUGCCCAGCAUGGAUACCCGCGUCCUUAAGGGAGGAUCUCGAAGAUUGGGAGUCAAGCCCGAUCCUGAUAAAGCGUCGUUAAAGGAGGAUGCCUCUGCCGGCCUCUUUGAACAUCGAGACAACUUGCUCAUAUUUUAAGUUUUGCACGAUGUUUGUCUUUUCCUGUUGGAAUUCCAUAUAUCACGGUGGUACGUCUUAUAUCAACUGGACUAGCUAUAAUCCUGGCGGGAACGUAUAAAAAGCGAACGGGCAUCGACUCGAGUACUUUUGGCAUUUACUUCAUUCACAUCCACUUCUCAAUCGGACCCGUAUACACUCCUUACUAUUACUCACACUCCUUAGCUCACCUUGUCCCUGUAUCAGCUGAAUACAUCUCCAACCCCAUCCGCUUCACACUCGCCGUUGGCCCAUGCUUUCUUUUAAAGCUCUCCUUAACAGAGCUCGAACUAUAUUCUCACGCUCUUGCAAAGUCAUGUCCUACGAUGCUCCAGAGGAAUCUUCCUUGGAUGGACAGUGGGAGGUUCUCUCCAAGAGCCCUUCCAUCCUCUACGAAUGCAUCCAAGCUUUCCCACCUCUUGAAGUUGACACAAGCCCCGUGGAUUGGUCUGAUCUGGGAUUGGGUCCAAAUAAUGGCCCGCAGACAGGUGACGUACGACCCAACGUAAAACUCAACAGCAAAAGUUCGCUCAGACUUAUCAAGCGUAAGAGCAAGGAUACCCUGGCAUCAGCUUCUAAAGAGUCUGCCUCUGCUACGCCAACCUCCAAAAAGAGCUUCUUCAAAUCUAUCAAGAUCCAUCGACUUAAAUCCAAGAAGAACGUUGACCAGAUUGAGACAUCGCCCACUGAGGCUGAAUUCGUUCGAGCCACCGCGGCAUCCGUUCACACUAUCACUCCCAAGACCAAAACUCCUACCAUAAAACAUAACGUCGGAUUAUUCAACGGCUCCCCCAUCGGGUCUCAUCGUACAAUGAGUCUGUCAGAAAAUACGGAGAACGACAAACUUCUUCCUGAUCUAAUUCCGAGGUUAUACUUCACCCCUUUGCCCACUAUCUUUGAGAGUGGCGACCAGAAGCGGCCUAUUCCAUCCGCAGUUUCGGAACGAGACGGGAAUUCGAUGAUCUUGUCCCUUAAGCCCAGUUUCGACCUCCUUCCCACCAUCGACGAAGUCAGUGAAACAUCUACACCAGCCACAUUUGAGUCACAUCCGCCUUUUGAUAUCGCCACUUACAAGGAUCAAUUUCCCCCCUCAGGGGCUCCAGAACCGCUUUUCUUCCGCAGUCGUGAUUAUCCCUUGCCAAUCGGGCACCUUGCUUCUCUUACAUUCACGCAAAUUCAUCCCGAUGGCCUUGUGACCCUGUACGAAAUGGUUUUGACUUGGAUACCUCAUGAUGAAAGGUUGCCUGCAUGCCGCAUCACCGUCACUCGUGGCUUCGGCUCAAUUAGCCGGUUUGCUGACGCGCUCUUCCAUGUCUACUCUCCCGAAGCCUCGCCUCACCUUUUGGCCCUCUUAUCGGAAUUUCCUGGAGCAUCGGAUGGACCAACGCAUCCGUACAAAGUGGACUGUCGAAUGGAGCGGAUGCAAAGCUAUUUCGAUCGCCUCUUUGGAUUACAGUCCAGUGAUAAUUCAAACUUUGUCCUUGACGACCCACGUAUUACCCCAGAAUUUUUUACAAUUCUUCCAAAAGACCGAGGCGAUUAUAUUUCUAGGGAAAAAGCAUGGACAGAAUGGCAAUGCACACUCCAGAGGAUGCAAGAAAUUGAGCAGCGCGUUGUAGGCAAGAACGAACAUUCAAAGGCCAACUUCGCACAUGAAAGAACAAAAAAGUACGAGUAUUAUGACAUCCUCAUGGCCAGUAUCGUAAACUCCGGUCUCUGGUCGCAACCAUCCAAGCUUCAAAGUCCAUCAGCAGCGAAAAUCAGUAAUAAAGAGACUGUGGAAGACGAAGACACGGAUGUGAGUUUUACAGACCUCAACAAUGUGUUUCCAUUGCACUCCGCGCGAGCUCUCACCCAUCCACCCUCUUCUAAUUUUUCCAUCGACGUAUUCGCGUCAGUUGGUUUGUUUGAGAAUUCCCUUGACAACAUCUCACUUGCCACCGUAAACUCAGCGUCUUCCAUCCCUGCCGACCGGCCUUCGAGCUUGCAUUCCUGCAAUUUUCAUUCUUCACAUUCAUCAGAAGAUACUUCACUUUUUGGAACCCCCAACACAUCCACCUUGGAUUUGACCCACACUCUUCUUGAUGUCAAGCCUCAGGAGGACUUAUCAGCCAAUUCUAGGAUCUCAUCCGAGGCAACCCUCUCAAAGACUGGUGUGAAACACCUCCAACUCAAUGAUGAAAAUGUCAUUUCCCUCUCCCUCACUAAUACCCGAUCCUAUUUUCGAAGUAUUCGCAUUCUAGUAGAUUUCAUUGAAUCAUGGGAGACAAUUCUCUCCCGCAUCUACGUCGCCCUUCAACUUUCGGUCAACAAUCGAAAGCUUAAAGGCGGCAUCUGGGCAGCAGGUACUAAAUAUGUUGGUUCUCCACAUGAAAAAGCAAUUGGAUUGAACAGCAAGGAAGCUUUCAUGGAGUAAGUUGUUGGGCGUUGCAGGCGAUUUGAGAAUUUGGGAGGACUGGUGACUACCUUGCGUAUUAUAUUUGCGAUAACUUCGGGUUUCUCUUUUUUUUGGGUCUGUUUGAUUGGACAUUUUCGUUUCCUAUCUGACAUUGUUCCUCUACAUUACUCUUCCAUGGAUCACUUCAUAUGGGCAAUUUACGCGGCGCGAAGAUUAAAUGUUUGCAUGAGAGCUCCCAAGAU